UCUAUAAAGGGCAGACACACUGACAUGAACCAGCAGAGCUCAGAAGACUCAGAGCAAAGGAAGCUGAAUGACUUGAUGGUACAUGGACCUUUCAUAAAGAUGUGGAGCUGCUGAGAUGGAGAACCCACAUUCUGAAAGUGAAAUCAAAUCUGCAAUUCCAUCUGUGGAAAGUGAUGAAGAUGACUCAGAAGAAAGUGAGUAUGAAUCUGUGUCUGAACCUGAAGAACUUCAACACCAGGAGCAGAACAAUGGAAGCAAAGAACAACAGUCUGAAGACACAUCAGCAACCAGUGACACAGGGAUUUCUGAACUCACACUUGUGUUAAUUGGUGACACAAAUUCCAUCGAGUUUGGACCAAAUAACAUCUUACUUGACCAUGACGACCAAGCAAACGUGGAACAGUUUUCAUCUAAAGUCUAUGACUUGUGUGGUCGGUACAUCUCUGUCAUUAACUUGCUUGGUGUCCAAAGCAAGGACCAAAUCCCAGUGAAUCAGAGAAUCCAUGCCUUUGUCUUACUGCUGCCAAAUGGUCUGCAUAACAGCCAUUACAGCUCAGGAGUGCAGUGGUUGGAAAAAGCUUUCGGCAGAGAGUCACUGGCUCAUUUAAUCCCAGUUGUGACUCAUCAAACAGGUGAAACAUGUGAAAGUGCAUUAAAUGACCUGAAAGCUAAUCACAGUUUUGAUGAAAGAAGAUACCACACAUGUAGAAGAAGUAUGACAGAUGGAAAAGAGAUCGCAGAUCUCCUGGAAAAAGUAGAUGUCAUGGUCUCUGAAAAUGAUCCCCACUGGUACAGAGAAGUGAUACGUAGAGAGAAUAAAGAGCACCAGGAGCACAAAGAAGAAAAAACAGAGCCUUCAGUGAUUCAGCAAAACCAAACAGAGGAAAGGGAGGAUAGUGCAGCAGAAAACAAGAAUGAUCCAGUGAAUGAGGCCAGUGAUGCUGAGAAGUCAGAGAAGAUCGAUGACAACACUACACCAGGAGGAGAACCUGAGAUCCAGCCUCUAGUACCACCCGCAAGCUGUGACCCUUCAACAGGAGAGGCUGAUGAAGGUAAAGAGUUAAUCAGUGAAAGCAGGGAGAACAGGAGUGAACAGUCCAUGAAGCAGAAUGAUACAGUGGAGGACACAAGUCCAACAUCUCAGACUGUUUCAUCAGAUACCACAGAACGAACCUCAGAUGAAGACUUGAGUUGGAACAAGGAAAAGCAAGAGAAUGUUUCUGAAGAAAUGAAGAAGAUGAAUCAAUAUCAAAAGGACACUGAAGUAUUGUUCAGCAGACUUCACCUUCAAGACCAACAACAGCAGAAGUGGUCAUCAUCAGAAUUUCUUCAGUUAGGUUCAUCCAUGAAACAGCAGCAUGAGGUAUCUGAGAAAGAUCUUCCUCAUGCUUUUCUCCACAGGCUGAUGAUGUUAGAUUACAGGGCCAGAUAUAUUCCUGUAAGACCAGACAGUUCCAAAGUGGUCCAUCCAAAGCUUGAUCCAGUGUUUAACACCACUGAGACAGAUGACAGCGAUUUAGAGGCUUUUUUGAGCAUCAAAACAGAUAAACAUGAGAAAAAAACAACCCAUGUGCAUCCAAUGGAUGUUCAGAUGGCAGUAUUUCACUGCUCAGACAACGUCCUCAAGCAGAUCAUGAUUACAAAACUAUCACAGUGUCAGUAUGCCUUACCUUUGCUUGUUCCUGACCCGUUUACAAUGGAGAUAGAGUGUCCUCUGUGGACAUUUAGACACAUAACCAAAACCUGGAAAGUCAAACUCAAACCUCAAAUCAAUGAUGAUUCACAGAUUGUCAUCACGAAGAGUAUUCCCAUCUGCAAAGCUGAGACACCCUUGGUGUCCUUUUUCAGACUGGGUUCACUAUCGGUGUCUAAAUCUCAGCUGAUGAACACUCUGAUCAACGACCGUCACAGCACCUUCUUCCACAGACAUUGCCCAGGCAGCACCAAGUCUCGCCAUUUGAUGGAUGGUGUUGCAGAGAUCGCUUGGUACUGUCCUGCUGGAAAAGCCAACGAUGCCUUCUCUGACUGCAUUGCCUUCUGUAAUCUUCAUGGUGACGCUCUGUCGAUUGAAAAACAGCGCGACAUACUGCUUGAAAAAUCUUCAGUUAAUGUUGUUCUGGUCCCAACUUUGCAAAAAGACGACAAAAGUCGGUCACUUAUAUCAGCCUUGUUUAAGUCUCAAAAACCUCUCAUUUGUCUUGUUGAUGACAGUUGUGAUGCUGUGCAGAGGAUAAAGGGAAAAUACAAAAUGGGGCUCAAAGACAAAAGCCAUUCAGAUGUAUCUGAAGAACUGAAAAGAAUAAUUGGAGAAGUUUUGUCUUCCCUGGAUCCUUCCAGCCUUAAACCAACCUUCCAGCUUGAAACCAUGGCUGAGGUCUCUGGAAUCAGAGUGGAUGAAAGUGACCCAGUCUGUCAAAGAGGAAAGUCUGUUGCUAUGGAAAUAAUGAUUUUGCUUGAGAAGAUGGAAGUUUCAAAAAUCAAAGACAAAUUUCUCCCUUGUCAAGGCCGUCUGUGGCAUGAGUGGUGCAGAACAAACAAAGAACUGUAUCAUCUGAAAGGAGACAUUGAAAAUGAGAGAAGUAAAAAACUAAGACACCUGGACCAAAUACGGCAAAGACAGUGUGAUGCUUCCUGCAGUAAACUGAUGAAGUUGUUCACCAAAAGCCUCAUGUCUUUGCCAUCAACAGAGAAAGAGUAUUUCCUGAACUGGAUUCAGAUCCUAGUAGAUGCCCUCUCCACAGAUGAUCUGUCUUCAAUUCUCCAGAGCUAUGAUGAAACGUGGUCUGAGGUCUUGGCUUUGAAAAACAAGAAGGAAGAUAGAGAUAAAAAUUCUGUUGAGCUAUCAAGAAAGCAAAUUGAGCUUGAACAUAUAUCAAAAAAACUACAGUCUGCAACUUUUGGCCUGGAGCACAUCUUCAGAGAAAUGGGACAGAUCUAUGAAGCCCAUAAAACAAUGAAGUCAGAGAGCAGCCGGACGGACUGGUCUAAAUACCCUGAACUGGCUGCAGAUCUGAUGAUAUCAGGACAUCCGAUGGAGCUGAUGGAUGGUGAUGCAGGCCAUGUGCCCCUAAAAUGGAUCUCUAGUCUUUUAGAUGAAGUCAUCAAGAAACUGGGUGACCAGAGAGUUUUUGUGUUGUCAGUUUUGGGCGUACAAAGCAGCGGAAAGUCAACGAUGCUGAACGCCAUGUUUGGACUACAGUUUGCAGUGAGUGCUGGCAGGUGCACCAAGGGUGCCUUCAUGCAGCUGGUCAAAGUGUCAGAGGAGGUCAAGAAAGGCUUUAGGUUUGACUACAUCCUAGUGGUGGACACUGAAGGGCUGCGUGCUCUGGAGUUGGCAGGUAACGCCACUCUUCACCAUGACAAUGAGCUGGCAACGUUUGUUGUUGGUCUGGGAAACAUGACGAUCAUCAACAUCUAUGGAGAGAAUCCAGCUGAUAUGCAGGACAUUCUGCAGAUCGUUGUUCAGGCUUUCAUGAGGAUGAAGGAAGUUAAACUUUCUCCCAGUUGUGUUUUUGUUCACCAGAAUGUCACAGACAUUACAGCAACAGAGAAAAACAUGGAUGGGAAGAGACGUCUCCAAGAAAAACUGGACCAGAUGGCUAAACUAGCAGCCAAAGAGGAAACUUCAAAUGAAGAAUGCUUCAAUGAUGUCAUUGAAUUUGAUGUGAAAGACGAUGUGAAGUACGCAGCCCAACUCUGGGAGGGCAGUCCACCGAUGGCUCCUCCAAAUCCAGGUUACAGUGAGAGCAUCCAAGAAGUGAAGAACAUCAUCCUCUCUAAAGCUUCAGUGUCUGCUGGGAUCACUCUCUCACAGCUCAAAACCAAAAUUCAGGACCUGUGGAACGCCCUCCUGAAUGAGAACUUUGUCUUUAGUUUUAAAAACACUCUUGAAAUCGCCAUGUACAGAAAACUAGAAGUUCAGUAUGGGAACUGGACCUGGACCCUGAGGAGCAACAUGUUGACCAUUGAAGACCAGCUUUACACCAGAAUUAAAAAUGGAAAACUUGACCAAAUUGAGCAGAGUUACCUUCUCAAAGAAACAAGCAAAACAUAUGAAGAAAUCAAAAAAGCAAUGGAAGCACACUUUGAGGAUGACGAAAAUAAAGAAACACUGGUUCAGUGGCAAGGCCGAUUUGAAAGCAAAAUCAAGGAGUUUCAUGAUGAGCAGGUGAGAGGAGUAAAAAGAAAACUGGAUGGUGUUAUCGAGCAGAAGAAAGCUUGUAAAAAGAUGGAUGAAAAGAAGACAGAGUUUGAGAACAAGCUGCUAAAGAAGAGCAAAGAGCUCGCUCAGCAGUUAAAGGAUAAAGUUCAUGAUGAAGAGGAGCUUGAAAAGCAGUUUGGCUCUGUUUGGGACAGCUUGGUUCAUGAAUUAACAGCAGAUGCAAAACCAGUUGAGGACAUCAACUUGAAAAACGAACAGUUAGCUGUCCUUCUAGAGCUUGGUAUUGAAUGGGAUCACGUCAGAGAAUCAAAAAAGAGUUGGCGAUACAAACACAUGUCAGAGCUAGGUGAUUAUUCUGAUUAUGUAAACUUCCCAAAGAACCGAAGUCUCUGUGAAACUAGUGCAAAAGGAAAAGAUAACAGGACAGAAAGCAAAGACACAAACACACAAGUAAGGUCUUUUUUUAGAUUUUUUACCGUGACUAUCCCAGAAUUUUUAAAAUCUGGUUCAACAAUCCAACAAAAGGAACAACACAAAUCACAUCGUGUUUUAUCCUGUGAAGGACAAGAACUGAUCAGAGAGCUCAUCAACAAAGUUGAGAAAGAGUCCCUUGAUGAAAUCCAAAGCAAACCUGUGGCUACAAAAGGCUACGUAUCAACUUACUUGCUAGAAGUGGCAAAAAGUGUGAAAGAGAAAGUGACCAAAUUUCAAUCAAAGUAUACAUGCCGUUUAAAGAAUGAGUUCACAGUCGAUCUUUUACUGCAUGUGUUUGACAGGAUGGAGAGUUGGCUUCUAGAGUCCCAGAAGACAUUCAAAGAGAACAAUGAUGCACUCACUUAUCUGAACAGCAAGAAAAUGCAGUAUUACUCCAUUUUCAGAAGCUUUUGUAAGGGAAGCUCAUCUGCUGUUGUACUUGGAGAACUGAUCCGUGAAAAUCUGAGAGACUCUGCUGCUGACGCCGUCUAUAACAGGACUGCUCAUGGUCUCGCUGGCGAGAUGAAGAGUAAUUUCCCAGCAUUCAAUGGAAACAGGCUGAACUUUGAGAAACAUCUGCUGAAGUCGCUCGCUGAGAACGAAGACUUUAAUGGUUUCAUAAAAUACAUCAGAAAACCAAGGGCCCAAGCAGAAGCUUUCAUAAAAGAGGAAGUAGAGAAAUACAUCUUCAGGGAUCACAAAGAAAGAGCAGAGAAUAUAUUCAAGAAAAAUGUUGAUGACAUCAACACCCUUGUCAGUCAAGCUUUAUCUGAUGCGACACAGAAAGUCCAAACCCAGAGAGGAGACACAAACAUGUGGCUGUCAGAGUUUACUGGUUGUCUCAGUGAUGUGCUGAAGUUUGAAGCCAUUUCUUCUCAAAACUUCAGAGACAUAAACGAUUUUCAGUUUCUCCAGGAAGAAGUAAAAAAAGGACUGAAGGCAAUCUUUGAGGAGAUGAAGGAACUCUCACUGGAUAAGAUCAAGGAAUCCAGGAAUAAGCCUGAUGAGAUCCUCAUUGAUCAGCUGUGUAAGUGCUGCUGGGUGAACUGUCCAUUCUGUGCAGCUGUUUGCACCAACACCAUGGAAGAUCACAGUCCUGAGGACCACAGUGUCCCUUUUCAUCGACCCUCUGGGAUCAAUGGGUGGCACCACAGAGGCACGGUGGAGCUCAGUAUCAAUUUCUGUACAACAAAUGUUGCAAGUGAUCGCAACUUUUACCCCCAUCAUGAUUCAGAGAAAAGUAUUCCCUACAAACAGUACAAAAGUGCUGAUGGAAUGUAUGCUAACUGGAGGAUCACUGCUGAUGACUCCAAACUGCCGUACUGGAAAUGGUUUGUGUGUAAAUUUCAAAAGCAACUGGAAGACCACCAUAAAAAAGAAUUCCAGGGCAGAGGAGAAAUUCCCGCUGAGUGGAGGUCUAUCACAAAAGACCAAGCCAUUGAAAGUCUGGACGAAAUGUGAUUGAAUCAACAGAACCAGUAACUCAUCAAUCAAAGCCUGAAAAACCAGUUUUUAGAUAGUUUGUGACGGUCACUAAAUGAAAAACCUCUCUAGUCUGAUUUCAAGUGAACUCACAAACCAAAAGAAGUAAAAAGACCAAUAAUCUUCAUCACAUCCACAAAGUAUCUUUCAGUAGGAUUUGUAGAAAUAACAACACGUUCCUGCAGAUAAAGAUGAACACAGAACUUGUCUUUCACAAAUCAAUCACUGCUUCAUUGAAUCAGAUUGAAAUAUUAUUUUUUCUUUAUAUCUUUACCAUUUUUAGGUUGUAUGCAGUUCAGCUUUUAUUCUUACGAGGGUGUUUUUUUUGUUAAACGUUUGGUUUCAAUAUGCAUUAAAUAUGUUUGUUAAAGUUGUUUUAAGGAGCUUAUUUUUAAUAGUUGGAAUUUGUGUGAUGACCUGAUUGACUGUGAUGUUUUAUUUUCAUUAUUUUCUUUUAUCAUGUUAUGGAUUUAACAGCAUGCAGUUUAUCACCUCUGUACUCGCAUUGCUUUUGUUAGAGAGAAAACAUUGAUGAAACUCUCCGGUGUAAGACGAAUCUAAACCAUAUUUUUCAUAUAACGAGUUUUCUUAUAAUUACUUGAUGAUCACCAAAAUCACAUCUGGAAAUCAUGUCAGCACACAUUGUCUUUUGCAUUUUAAUUCUAAAUGUUUCUGUUAAAGAAUAUUAUCAUUAUGGAUGUUUUAUGUUUCUAUUUCUUGAAGUGUUUGACUGUAUUAUAGUAAUAUGAUUUGAAUUAAUCUGUAGCUGAUCCAUAUUAAUGAAUUUGUUCUCUGUCAUAACUAACGUGAUAUCCAGAAUUAAUGUAAAUAUUGUUGUCUUUAAGAGAACAAUCUAUUUCCAUUUGAUCAUUUACUUCACUGACCCUUUAGCUAGGAACAGAUCCAAACAUCUGAGAUAAACUUUGAAGUUGUUCAUAUGCAAAAUGGGUCAUAACAAUAAAUGUUACAGAUUUACUGAAAACAAUGUUGUUGGUGAGUGAUGGUAAACUGAUGAAGUCAACUAAUCUGAUGUAACACAGUUUUAGAUAAAUUCAGUCUCUUCAUGGUUCUCUUUGGUCAGAUCAACAUUUUUCCAGUCUGUAAUGUGCAAGUUAGUGCUGCUGGACUGAGAUCUGAUGUUACAACCAAACCUGAUGUAAUUUAUAAUGAAGUCGCAACAAUAAAAAGAGCAGAAUUUGGAACAAUA